CAACCCACAUUUUUUUCACUCAUUAUUCUCGCCGCCGUUUCCUGUAGCCAGGACGGUGCCAGCGCCAGGUACUCCAAUAUCGAUGACCAGUGACACUGCCAAGGCCCAGAAGUUGUUUGUACAGGUAAGCUGAUUUUCUGAUUUCUUGGCUGAGCGUUUCAUCUACUCGGGGCACCGGUACCGCUGCUCAAAGUAUGUCUUCUACCGAAAGCAAAAGGCGUAGCUGGUAUGCGAAAUACACUCCGGGCAGUCGCCCAGGCAGCAGCGCCGGGCUACCUGUACCUACUGAAGGCGCCCAGCUUUCCAUAACUUCACCGACACCCAUCGCAUCGUCUGUGAAUUCGUCUUGCGGUGGCGACGGCUCCGAGACGCCUGCUGCAGAGACACCACCCCAUUCCCGUCCUUCUACGCCACACCGAUGGUCUGCAUCAACCUUACUGACGGCUUCUUUCAAAUCACAGCAUCUCGACAAUGAGGGCUCCCAGCUCGCUGCCAACGCCCUAGAACGAACGAAUUCCGCGCAGCCACCUGUGCAUUUAUCCCCCAAGACUACGGACAGCUCUUUGAAGCCCGGUUCAUUCGGUCGCAUGAGCUUCAGCUCCAUGAUUGGGGGACUGUCUUCAUUAUCACUUACUCGAACAAACACGAAUUCGAGUUUGAACAGUAUGGCCGAAGAGAAGGAGAAGGAGAAGGAGAAGAAGGAGGAGAAGGAGAGAGGACGGUCCCUUUCCAAGAUGAUGAACGUGCGGUCUGCUUCUCAGACACCUGCCGCCUCAGAGCCACCGUCCCGAAGCCAGUCCCGUGCGCGUUCUCAAUCCCCGUUCUCCUUCCGCCGUUUUCGCCAGCGAGAGACAUCACCAACUCCGCAGCCCCUCCCUCUUGCCCAUUCUGAUGUUGACUUGUCGGACUCGGCUUCCAGUAUUCGUCCCCGCAAUGCAUUCGUACUGAAUGAUGGCGAUGACUCAGGCGAUGACACCGUUGGUGAUGACGGGGAGACAGAAGACGAGGACUGGAGUGACGAUGAUAUGUUUGAUCGUGUAACUGAGCGCAACACUGAGCGGAACGCCUUCAUCGAGCCUGCUAUAGGAGAUACAACUUUCAUAGGCGGGGACGAAAUAGAUGUGGACCCUGAUCCUCUUGGAGAAGGUGUUAAUGUCGUUGUACCUCCCGAACCGUACUUUCCCAGCACCCUGAACUCGUAUGGACGUAGUGCAGGAGGUACUAUCAAGGGCAGACGGAAUCCCAAGCGGAGAAAGUCAGUGAAACACGAGCCUCCUCCGCUUCAGACGUCACGCCCUGUGUUCCAAAGGGAUCGUUGUACCAUAACCAUCACCCAAGGCGAUCCUGAAGCAAAGCUCGACGGUCGAGCACCGAAACGCUACGUGGUUGCUAGUGACAUGAGUGAGGAGAGUCGGUAUGCACUUGAAUGGGGUAUAGGUACUGUUAUCCGAGAUGGCGAUGAAAUGCUUAUUGUCACGGUGGUCGAAAGCGAAAGCAAGGUGGAUCCAGCUAUCCCCAAUGCGGCUGACCGCCCUACUAAAUUGAGAAGUCAGCAAGAGAGACAAGCUCUUGCUUAUAUUCUCGCCCGACAGGCCACAAGCUUAUUGCAACGCACCAAGUUGAAUGUCACCGUACGAUGCCAGGCAUGGCAUGCGAAGAACUCUAGACAUAUGCUACUAGACAUCGUUGACCAUGUCGAGCCCAUAAUGAUGAUUGUUGGAUCCCGUGGAGUGGGGCAACUUAAGGGGAUUCUUCUCGGGUCCACAUCUAAUUAUCUUAUUCAGAAAUGUUCAGUACCGGUGAUGGUUGCUCGUCGCCGGCUCAAGCGCCCCCCGAGACGGUCGGCGCAUCUUGCCAAGCAUCGUGCUCAUGUGUCCCUCGCGGAGGCUGGAAUUGAUCGUGUUGCAGCCAAGGUUGACCAGGAUGUGAAAGUCAUGCGUGAUGAGAUCCAGCGAGAUGAUGACCGCCGUGAUGCUGCGGGUGGCUCAGGCAGAUAUCCCUCGGGACACGAGUCGGUGCAUGACGUAGAAGAAGAGGCAGAUGGGGAAGACGAUGUCGACGAUGAAGAUGACAGCCCAGCUGACGUUAAGGUGGCUGGUUAACCGUACCUUUAUUUUUCUUUUUGGGGGGACUUUUAUGUAGUCAUCAACCAAGAACUGGGCCAAGCACCACUCUUAUAGAUAGUUUUGUUCAUUCAGCAUACAAAUGUUAUUUUUCGAGAGAAACGAAAUGGAGAUGACUGAAAUUCCC